AUGGUCAAGCGCAAGCGACCGGCAUCCACAACGGAAGCGGACAGCCACAGGGAAGAGAUCGCUCGCUCCCUCACGCCAGCUUCGGCCAGCUCCCGACAGCAGCAAGGCACCCUGGAAUAUCCCGGUCGGUCUGAAUCGCCUUCCUGUCAAGAGUCGGAGAGAAGCCCGCAACAACCUGCAGCAGUACCAUCGCUGGUCAAUGUCUUGCCUAGUAUCACCCGAAAGGUCACUGCAUGUGUAGCCUGUCGGAAAAACAAGGUGAAACUUCGGUGUCAAGAGAUUCCAUUGCUCAAUCUAAUAUCCAAGCCGACAGACAAAAUAAAUGUCGAGCAUUUGCGCACCGAUGUACAGAAUCUGCAUCAAACCAUCGACUACAUCUGCCAGCAUUUAGAUAUUCAACGCCCAAGGCCCCUUUUAAUUUCAGGGAAUGAGCAAAGAGCCGCCGGAGAAAGCAUCAGGCUAGACGGUGAAUGUGACGCUGGUCCAACGGAAGGAUGCGAAGUAUCCCCACCAGAGUCCCCCACUGCGGUGCAGGCUCCUAUUGAUACAUUCCUGGACAUCGCCAAACAUGGGACCCCAAACUCCGCCAAGAUUCCACCAGGUGUCACUCGCGCCAAUGGGCGAGCGGAUCUCAUUAGUAAAGGCAUCAUCACCCUUGAAACGGCAGAACAACUACUGCGCCGCUACUACUCCCGCCUAGAUCAUUUUCUCUAUGGGAUCUGUGGUGAGAAUCGGGACUUAGACCAUCUACGCAAGGAUUCGCCGACCCUGCUCACUGCCAUAUGCACUGUGUCAGCCCUCCAUGACCCUCACGACCAGGAAACAUACGAAGCGUGUAACCGCGAGUUUCGCUCCCAGGUCGCGCGGUCUCUCUUUGAAAAGCGUGACGUCGAAUAUCUACGAGCCUUAUGUAUUGCGUCUUUUUGGCUCGCAGACGCAUCGCGGAUCUUGUCUAGCGAUGGCAUCCGUCGAGCCGCCGAUAUGCGUCUCCAUCGCAGUUUCGACUCUCUUCUUGGCGCUCAUCCGCCCGAGUAUUCUUCUCCAUCAUCCUCAUCGCCAAUAGUUGCGGCAGAUCGCAUUCGUCUAUGGUACCUAUUAUUCGUCUGCGAUCAGCAUCUCUCCAUCCUCCAUAAUCGCGACUCUCUUCUGCGGAACGAUAAGGACAUUGCGGUGAGCUGGGAGGCAUACCUACAUCGAGUAGAGGCAACUGAGUCAGACGUACGAAUUCUGUCGCAGGUGUCGCUGCUAUUAAUAAUGGGUCAAGUUCGAGAUGUUCUAGGGUCUGACAAGGAGAUGCAGCUGCCAUCGGCCCUUACUCAUCAGAUCAGCAACUACUCUCGACAACUUGACAGAUGGUUCACUCGAUUCUCUGCCCUCUUCGUCACAAAUGCGCAUAUCGGGGAAUUCCCGAGAAGAGGGCUGGAGUUGCACUAUCAGUUUGGGAGACUCUACCUUGGCCAACAAGUGUUCAAGGGGCUCCGUGGCAACCCUAUCCCCAUGCACUUUCUGUCUGCGGCUCACAUGGCUCAUGAGGCGACGGUCACCAUCUUUGAGAUGAUCCUAAAUGAUCCCCAUAUGAGCGAGAAUCUCGUCGGCAUGCCACAUUAUUUCCAUGUAAUGAUCGCAUUUGCCGGUCACUUGUUACUGGAGAUAUGUCACAAUCAUCAUGUGCAAUUGAACAUUGAUCUACCUGGAGAUCUUCAUCUGAUUAAUGCGGUCUUAGGCGUCUUUCGCAACAUAGCUUGCAUUACAUAUCACCCACUCCGCCGGAUGGCUCCUGGGCUGAAUCGAAAGCUCUCCGAGACGGUCACUAUGCUGGGACUGGGUAGUCUGUCCGAAAAUAGCCAUACUGGCAACACUUUGUCUACUACUGUUCAGCAUGCGGGAAUUACAUGGAGGUCCUGGACCCUCAACUCAGACCUUGGGGUCUAUGAACAAUAUUUUUCCGUUGGGUUCGAGUGA